GCAAACGGAAGAUGGAAGAUUCACAGUAUCACUCUUGGGGCUGACUCGCGGCUGUAGCGAAUUUAGUUUAUUUUUGACUGCCGAACAGUUCGGACGCGAAUCACGGAUCCUCUCGAAGAGUGGAAAAAUCGUUUGAAGCGGCAAAGAAGUGGAACAAACCGACAACAAAUCGACAGAGGGAACAGCCAGCUAGGAAAAGUGACAGCACAAACACGCACAUUGAGGGUAGAAAAAAAAGGGAAAAAAGUGUUUGUUCAUCCAUGAAAUAAGGUUGCAUGGCAGUGUUCGCCAUCGGAAAACGGAACGUAGAUAAGAGUGAAAAACAUUGAGUCGAAGAAAAGAGAUUGGCAUUGAAGGUAGUGAAAAGGUGAAAAACGAGAUAAACAAAAGGAUUAUACUGUGCACACAGCCUUUGUGUUGCGAUAUUUACCGUUGGAGUGAAAGAGCGAAGAAGGAAGGGAAUUUGAUAUCGACAGAAGCAGCAAGGAGCAGCUUUUCUUCUUCGCACCCCGCCGAGCCACAGGAUCAGGGGAAAUAUAUCGAGCGGGCUGACAAUACAGAGACGCACAUUGCGGAAUCCCGGCAUCGAGUCAUCACGCCAUCGUUCAAACCCAAUUCCAACUCUUCCGGAGCGAAUGUAGUUCCACUGGAGCCCGGCAAUCAAUGAAUCCGUACGCAGCACAGAGAAGUGUGACAAAAUUCCCCAAGGUAGCCCUGCUUUUCGGUCUGCUGACAUUUCUGCUGCUACCAAAUGGGGAGAGUUUUGCGGAAGCGAUCCGCUGCGACCGGACCCCGGAGGCAACCGGUGCCAGCAAAUCGCCAGCCGAUGGCCGUUUCCGGAUACGCAUCUCCGGCAAUCCGGAGAAGUAUGUGCCUGGCGAAUCGUACACGAUCAGCCUGGUCGGCAUCCGCUCGAUGCAAGUCCCGCACAAAUUCUCCGGCUUCUUCCUGGCAGCCGAGCGGGAGAUCUCGCUGAACCGGCUCGAGCUGCAGAACAGCGGCGGUGGGCUGGUCAACGUGGGAACGUUUCAACUGCUCGGGGAUGCACUGACCAAGUUCAGCGAGCGUUGCCCUAAUGCCGUCACGCAAACCAGUUCGAUUCCGAAGAGUGAGAUACAGGUAAACUGGGUUGCUCCCCCGUCCGGCAGCGGAUGCAUAGCGAUCCGUGCGACCGUAAUCGAACAUCGGGACGUGUGGUACAUGGACGAUGGACCGUUGAGUAAAAUUUUCUGCGAGGAUGAAGCUGACUCGGUGGACACCCAGCCGCCGGUGCUGAAGGAGUGCUGUUCUUGCGAUGAGGCUAAGUACGAGCUAACGUUUGAGGGUUUGUGGUCGAGACACACCCAUCCGAAAGAUUUUCCCUCCAACGGGUGGUUGACAAGGUUCAGCGAUGUGAUUGGGGCAUCGCACACGGUGGACUAUCGAUUCUGGGAGUACGGUCAGGUGGCCAGUGAGGGAUUGAAGCAGGUGGCUGAACACGGCUCUACGAGGAUGCUGGAGAGCGAAUUAAAGAAUCAGAGUGACAAAAUUCGAACCAUCGUGAAAGCUCGUGGAAUUGCCUAUCCCAAUGUUACCGGAAAAACUUUUGCCGUGUUUCGAGUCGACUCGAAUCAUCAUUUGGUUUCGAUUGUAUCGAUGAUUGAUCCUUCGCCCGAUUGGAUCGUUGGAGUCUCUGGACUUGAGCUAUGUCUAGACAAUUGCUCUUGGGUGGAGAAUAAGAUUCUCAAUUUGUAUCCGUGGGAUGCGGGAACGGAUAGUGGCCCAACAUAUAUUUCUUCAGACCAGCCGACGAAUCCUCCGGAUGUAAUUCGUCGGAUUAAAUCAAACUACCCGAAUGAUCCUCGUUCGCCAUUUUACGAACCGAAUGGCGCGGAAAUGAAGCCUUUGGCUAGGAUCUAUUUGUCACGACAAAGGCUUUACGAGAAAAACUGUGGCACUGAUAAUGAGGAAGAGAUCGAGAGUAAGCAGGUCUGCGAAACGGAGCCCUGGGGAGACUGGACGGAAUGCAGCUCGCGCUGCGGAAAGGGAAAACAAACCCGCCGCAGAACGUACAAAUUCCCCAACAAGGCUAAGCAAGCGGAUUGCAAGAAGAAAUUGUUCGAUCGUCGGCCAUGCGUUGGAACCGAGAGGGACUGUGACUAUCAGACCAGCCAGGAGCUAGACGAGAUCUAUCAGAGUGAUCCAGAGUGCGAGGUUACCGAGUUUGGACCGUGGAGUGAGUGUAGCACUCCUUGCGGCAAGGGGAACAAGACUCGCUCGAGAAAGUAUAAGAAAAAGGGAGCCCGGAAGAAGUGCGAACGAAUGCCAAAUCCACCAAAACUGCAGCAGACGAUGCCCUGUAGCUCGGAGUGUGGCGGAGACAUCUCGCAACCGGUGAUCAGUGCUGAUAUUAACCCAAAAUGUAAGAUGACCCAAUGGUCCGAUUGGGGACCAUGUAGUGUAACGUGUGGACUUGGCCGAAAAAUGCGCACCCGAAUGCCGAUCAGUCAGGCUUUGAAUACGAAAAUGCACUACAAACGAUUCGUAAAUUACUACUUAACGAAGCGGCGUCCAACCUUGGAUGAUGAGGAGGACGAGGAGGAAGAAGAGGACGAUCUGGACAACAGUCUGCAAAUUACGGAUCAGAACGACCCCUGCUAUGGUGUGGAUACCGUCGAGGAGGUUACCUGUGGACAUGACCUUCCACCUUGUGAUGGGCUGUACGGAGUUCCAGACCUCUGUUUCUUGGAGCCGAAGAUGGGAAAUUGUCGCGAUUCUGAGACCCGAUGGUUCUACAACAGUGCCGCUAACGAUUGUGCGAUUUUAUUCUUCUCCGGUUGUGGUGGAAAUCACAACAAUUUCAUGUCGCGAGAAGAUUGUUUAGAUACUUGCAGUAAAGAUCGUAAAUUUACUAAUAUACCGAUUCGUGAUCAAAUAAGUACCAACUCCGACUACACGACGGACAUCAAGCAGGACUGCAGAACUUCCCACUGGAAGCGUGGCCCCUGUAACGUUACUUGUGGCGAAGGGUUCCGUUCAAAAACCCGAUCCGUUUUGUUGCAUCCCUCAAACGGUGGCCAGCGCUGCCCCCGGAAGCUACACAAGGUGGAGCGCUGCUUCGUGCACUGCGAUUCCUCGAGGCACGAUACCAAUCCCUCGUGGGGUCCAAGCACACGCUACUCGACGGAACCAAUCGAGUGCGUUUACUCGGCCUGGUCCGCAUGGUCUCCCUGCAGUAAAACCUGCGGAGAUUACGCUGUCCAGCAGCGCACCCGCUACGUGCUGAAUCCGGAGAAUACCCGGUACUGUCCGCAUCGGCUUGAGGAGCGGAAAUGUGAUAUAAUGCCUUGUUUGCUGGGCAAGUAAGUGAAGUUUCCAGCUGCCGAUGUGAUGAGCCGGUGGAAUCGGGGAAGGGUGAGAUUUUGGCGCCUUUUGGGUUCGAUUUGGAAUACUUAUUUAGCGGACACACGUAUUUUGUAGCAGCACCCGGAUGUUUAGUUUUGCAUUGCAUACGUAACAAUGGAUGGGAUGAGUUGGCGGAUUAGUGCUAUCUUCCUUGAUCGUCGCGGGCAUGUUGCCGUAGUAAACACAAAGAUGUACACAUGUUAUAAACAAGUAUAAAAUUAGAUUAGGGAAGCAACUUUUAUACAGAAACAAAAAAAAAAACAAAUCAGUCGGCACAAAUCAGUAGAGUUAUUGUCAGUGUAAGCGAACAAUAAGAGCAAAAACAAAAUCAUAAUGUCAAUCUUAAACUGUUCGAACACAAGCAAUGAUUUAGGGCAGAAUAGGUCUAGAUCAUAUAGAUGAUGAAAAAAAGUGUGGUGUAACAAUAAAAAUCUCCGAAAAUAUAUCAAAUUUUGACA